CACUAUCAGUGUCAAUUCUAUCCAAUCUUCUGCAGUCUAUGCUUCGUUGUCGCAAGUAACCUAAAAACAAGGUGUAAUAUUUUAUUAAAAUAAAUAUAAAUAGAUAACAUGGAAUUAAAUGAAAGGAUUUUGCAUUACUUAGAUAAGUGUAAUGAAGUUGACACUUUAAAAUUAGCAAACGAGUUCCAUGAAGACCAUCAGAAAAUAGUCGGUGCUGUGAAAAGUUUAGAAGCACUUGAGAUGGUGACUUCUGAAGCUGUUAAAAAUACGCGAUGGGAGCUCACAGAAGAAGGGCAACUGGUUUCAGACAAGGGUAGCCAUGAGGCUGUACUCUACAGAAGCGUGCCGGAGGCAGGAAUACCCCAGGCCGAACUUAUGAAGACAGUACCCAAUGCUAAAGUUGGUUUCAGUAAGGCUAUGUCAUCUGGCUGGAUACUUAUAGAUAAGUCAGCAGCCCCACCCCUCGUAAAACGGAAAGUCGACAGCAUUGUAGACACAGUACAAGAACAUCUAAAUGAAAUAAAGAAAGGCAUAGACAACUUAGCUGAUAAUGUAAGAAAUGAUUACAAGAAACGGAAGCUUCUCCAAGAAGUUACAGUGAAAAGUUUCAUUCUUUCAAAAGGACCACAGUUCUCAACCACAAUAAAGAAGUUGGAGACUGAUUUGACAAGUGAAAUGUUGCAAACUGGGUCGUGGAAAACGCUAGAAUUCAAGCCAUACAAUUUUGAUGCAUUAGGUCAACCUCCGGAAUGCGGUCACCUGCACCCCCUACUCAAAGUCCGUUCAGAAUUCCGUGAAAUAUUCCUUGAGAUGGGGUUCACGGAGAUGCCCACGAACAUGUACGUGGAGAGUUCCUUCUGGAACUUCGACGCACUGUUCCAGCCCCAGCAGCACCCAGCCAGGGACGCCCAUGACACGUUCUUCAUGUCAUCCCCGGCUAGUAGUGAACACUUCCCGAUGGAUUACCUGGAGAGGGUCAAGAAGGUUCACAGCGAAGGUGGUUAUGGAUCUCAGGGUUACAAAUACGACUGGAAAAUAGAAGAGGCAAAGAAGAAUUUGCUCCGAACGCACACGACUGCUGUGAGCGCGCGGAUGCUGUACAAGCUAGCGCAGGGGGAGUUCAGACCGCAGAAGUAUUUUAGUAUUGAUAAGGUAUUCCGCAAUGAGACCCUGGACGCCACCCACCUGGCGGAGUUCCACCAGGUGGAGGGCGUGAUCGCGGCGCGGGGGGUGGGGCUCGCCGAUCUCAUCGGAGUCCUGGACGCCUUCUUCAGCAGGCUGGGGUUCCACAAACUGCAGUUCAAGCCGGCUUACAACCCGUACACCGAACCUAGCAUGGAGAUCUUCGCGUACCAUACCGGUCUUGGCAAAUGGAUUGAGAUCGGCAACUCUGGAGUAUUCCGCCCUGAAAUGCUGUUGCCCAUGGGGCUUCCAGCGGACGUGAACGUGAUCGCGUGGGGCCUCUCCCUGGAGCGCCCCACCAUGAUCAAGUACGGCCUGAACAACAUCAGAGACCUCGUGGGACCCAAAGUGGACCUGCAGAUGGUCCAGAACAAUCCUAUAUGUAGAUUGGAUAAAUGAGCUUAUUUAUAUUUAAUUUAUUGAAAUAAAAAUGUGUUGGAA